AUGCCGGCGCUGUCGAUGUUUGAACGCAAAACGAAACCGGCGAGCGGUGUCUCGGUGGGCGAUGUCCUGCGUCACAACGUGACGCUGCUGAUGGUGACGGGCGCCUGGCCGCCAGAGGGCAGCCGCUGGUGGCACCAGCUGUACCCCGCCUACACGGCCACCAUAUACUUCAGCAUGCUCGCCACCAUCGCCAUGGGGUUCCUCUUCGCGUACCAGUCGUGGGGCGACUGGGACAGCAUCAUGCUCACGUUCGUCAACACGUUCACUCUGAUCGGCGGCGCCGUCAAACUGGCGCACUUCUCCAGCCACGUCGGCGCCUACCGCCGACUCGUCACCGCACUUCGUGACGUCAUCAGCGUGCAGUGGGUGCACUGUGAGCGCGACGGUGCCUUGAUGGCCAUCUUCACCGGCUCGCACCGUAAGGCCCUGUGGCUGACGUGGGCCCCCAUGGUGUACCUCAACAUCUUGGGGCCGGUGUGGUUCAUGAUGCCCGUCGUGGCCUGGGCGUCGGGCGUUCCCGGCCGGCAGUUCCCCUUUGCCAACGUGCGCGGAGUCGUCAAGACGAAUUUCCCGCUCUAUAUCAGCGUCUACUUCAUACAGUGCCACUCAGUUUUCUACUGGAACUUUUUAAGCUUCGGUCUGGAUAUAUUCUUCGUCACGUGCAUGAUAUAUAUAGCUGCACAGCUGCGUAUAAUGGGAGAGCGACUUUCGACUGUCGGUAGAGAAUCAAAAGUCGAAGAAAGUAGAGCUGUGUAUAACGAAAAGGCGAGACUGCAAAAAUUUGGAACCAAAUCGUAUAACUCAUCAGAGGCUGGCGGAGGAUCAGAAGAGAUGUACAGGGAAUUGGUGGACUGUGUCAAGGCUCAUCAGCACACUCUAAGGCGAGUCACUUAUAAUUUACAUUUUCCUCCUAAAUAUUCUGCUAGAAAUCUAACAAUGGCGAAUUGUUUUACUUCUUGA